AUUUGAGGGAUCAACAUCUAAACGACCCUACAGGGUUAAGCGAGCUCAAAGGUCCUUUUGCUCGAGGCGUGAAGAAUGGAAGGGCUAGGGUUUUGGGUUCCGGGGUUUGAAGAACGAAGAUUUCAGUAAUGGCCAUGAUGCUCCCUCUUCUCAAGCGAAGCCUUUAUCUCACCUCUCCUCUCUCUAUCACCCCCAAAAAUGCCACCUUUAUCCUUCGUUUAUCCUCCUCAGCCUCCGCGACUCAAAACCCAUCUCCCAAAUCCAAUAUCAUGGCAGAUUACUUGAUCAAAUCAUUUGGUUUCCCUCCACAAAAGGCAGCCACUGCCUCCAACUACAUCGCCCAUAGCGCCUCCACUGAAAAUGCUGACUCAGUGAGGAACUUCCUCGAACGCCACGGCUUCACUGAGUCCCAGAUCCAUGCCAUUGUCUCCUGGGAUGCUCGAAUCCUCGUUGCCAAUGUAGAUGAAACCCUAAGGCCCAAUUACAAGGCUCUUCGUGAUAUCGGGUAUUUCUCUGACGCCGAGCUCAACAGACUCCUCACUUACCACCCUCGAAUCUUCACCCACCCUCGGGCAAUCCCUCGAUUGAACUUCUGGAAGGAGUUUCUUAUGAAUGACAAAAAGAAACUUCUAACGGCGUUCGUUAGGAACCCGGGCCUCAUAUGCCAGGACAUUGAUUCAGGGAUUACCCCGAAGAUUUCUCUUUUAAAGGAUUAUGGCCUCUCACAGAACGAUAUCGCGAUUCUUUUGCUUAGAGGCCCUGGGGUUUUUAGGAGGAGUGUUACUUCGAUGGAGGCCUUGUUGAAUAUGAUUGCCAAGGAAUUGCAGUUGGCAGACAAGUCUUGGAAGUUCGCUCGCUGCUUGAUUGCGCUCUCUAGUAUUGGAACCGAUAAUUUUCAGGUGAAGAAGGAGCUUUUCAUGAGUUUCGGAUGGACAGAAAGGGAUUUUCUCGAUGCGUUAAGGAGAGAUCCCCUUAUGGUGCGUUUCUCUGAGGAGAAUAUCCGCGGGAAGGUGGAGUUCUUGGUGGGAAAAGGAGGAUGUGAGAACUCCUACAUUGUUUCUCACCCGUCGAUUUUGGGGUUUAGUCUGGAGAAGAGAUUGAUGCCUCGCUGUCACGUGAUGAAUAUUUUGAAGUCAAGUAAUUUGGUGGGGAGAGUGGGGAAUCUUUAUAAUGUUAUAUGCUUGACAGAGAAGAAGUUUCUUGAUAAAGUUAUUUUCCCUAAUAUGGCACGACUGCCAGAGCUCCAUGACACUUACAUUGCUGCUUGUGCCAGCCAAAUUCCUCUUUGAUUGCUAUGAGAGGUUCAUGAAGGAGCUGGAUCUGCUCUACAUGAAAUCAAUACUUCAAUUAGAAGGUUUUCAACACUAAAGGAGGAGAAUAACAAAGCAGCAAGAAAGGAGACCGCAAAGAAUUGCAAGGUUGCCUAAAUAAGAGAGUAAGGUACAUGAAUCUGGUGGUCGCAUGCUUCUCUUUGAACUGAGGAUCUGAAGAUCGGAUGUGAUUUCAAAUUUGAGAUAGUUAUUUACACAGUUCAAUUAUCAUGUUGCUGGAAAUUUUCUGAGGAUCAUGGAUCCAUUGACCAUGUCAGAUUUUAUGAUGAUGGGUUAUCUUCUAAUUGCUGAUAAGACAGUUAAAGAUUUUCUAGGGGGCUAACUUGUGAGGACUACUUGUUUCCUGAAAUAUGAAGGAAUGAAAAACGUUAUUAUUGUUCAUUUCAUGUUACAGAAGCGGAGCUAAUUGGAGUCGAAGAUUUGAGAUUCUCCCCCUCUUUUAACGAUGGUUUGGUUUGCUUUGAUCACGUAAUUGUCAUAUAUAUGGAGUUGUUCUGUACAAGAUUGGUGUUCCCUUUUAUCACCUCAUAUUUAUGAUCCGAAAUAGAGAGGUUCUUACCUUUUUAAGUCACCCGGUUUGUAUCGGGGUCAGAUUUUGAUGUUUUCCCUUGUGUUGAUCAGUUCAACUGUAUACGAAACGAAAUGUUUGCAACUUGGAGCACAACUGUAUUUUCUUUCAUAGUAUGGUCAUGCAUUUGAAACAAGCAAGGAUGUGUGUUUA